GCGUGAUGUCAUAAGUCUGCGUCGAGCUUCUCCGUCUGUGAUCGUAAGCAAGAGUGUACAAACACAGAAAAAUGGCGUUUAUUAAAGAUGAGACUGAAGACUUAAGGAUUGAAGAAGUAUUCAGUCUCAAACAAGAAGAUUUUGAGGGAAAAACAGAGUUUAUUGAAGACAAUAAGGAUAAGGAGGAAUUGAGUGAAGUUGAGGAUAAAAAUCAUGCAUCAAAAAUCAAAAGUGGAGAAAAACCCAAACAGAAAGAUUUAAAGAAAAGAAGAGCCGAGAAAUCUUCCAACUGCUCUCAGUGCGGAAAGAGUUUCUCACGCAAAAAUAAUCUUGAGCGUCACAUGAGAAUUCAUACUGGAGAGAAACCGUUCACUUGUGAUCAAUGUGGCAAGAGUUUCUCACGCAAACGUAAUCUCGGGCUUCACGUGAAAGUUCAUACUGGAGAGAAAACAUUCACUUGUGAUUGCGGAAAGGGUUUCUUACGUAAAUAUCAUCUAGAUGUUCACAUGAGAUCUCACACUGGAGAGAAACCGUUUCCCUGCACGCAGUGUGGCAAGAGUUUCACAUGCAAACACAUUCUUAAACUUCACAUGGUCAUUCACACUGGAGAGAAACCGUUCAAUUGUGAUCAAUGCGGGAAGCGUUUCUUUCGCAAAUAUCAUCUAAAUUCUCACAUGAGAUUACACACUGGAGACAAACCAUUUACCUGCACUCAGUGUGAGAAGAGUUUCAUAUGCAAAUCUCAACUUGAGCUUCACAUGAGAGUUCACACUGGAGAGAAACCAUACAUUUGUGAUCAGUGUGGGAAGAGUUUCUCACUAUCGUCAAGCCUUAGGAAUCAUAUGAUCACCCACACUGCAGAGAAACUCUACGCAUGUGCUGAGUGUGGCAAAAGAUUUUUGUGGGCUACAAACCUGAGGACACACCAGAAAGUUCAUACAAAGGAGAAGCCACAUUCAUGUAAUUCAUUACUAAGUUUGAAAGAACAUCACAAAAAGCAUACCAGUGUGGGAAAGAACAUGUGCUUUGUGUGUGAAAAGACUUUUACUUCAGCGGGCAAUUUAAAAGUGCAUGAGAGGAUCCACACUGGAGAAAAACCUUAUAAGUGUUCACACUGUGACAAGAGAUUCAAUCAUUCAUCAGCUCUGAAAACACAUUGGAGGAUUCACACUGGAGAAAAACCUUACAAGUGUUCACACUGUGACAAGAGAUUCAGUCAGCAAUCAAAUCUGAAAACACAUGAGAAAAGCCACACUGGAGAGAAACCUUAUCAAUGAAAUGCUGGCCACAUGCAGUGCAAUCGAUCUUUGCUCUACAUAAAUACAAAAAGAUAUCACAGUAAGUAGAUCAUCUUCAUUAUUAAUACCUGACCUGUAGAGCACACACGCAGCAGAUCAUGUUGCUAAUGUUGCUAAAUUGGCAACAAUGCUCUCUGAAACCAGUAAUCCCAAUAAAUUUUUGUGUGUGUGGCAUAUUUCUUUGCACAGCUUUGAGGGAAUAUUAAUCACAAGUGACGAGACAAAGAAACAUUAUCUAAAGUUUUCACAGUGAGUAGAAAAGAUGUUGUUCCUGCCCAUGGAAUAAUGUCCUAGUUAUAUUCAAUAUAUCAUUGUGCUUUCAUAUGAGUUUCAUAUUAUGUUCAAUAUAUAGCAUAAGCAAAACCGUAAGAAUAGUAAUAUCAUUAAAACUUUACAGAUACCCAUUGGUUUAUCUCAUUAGUUUCAUGUUUACUUGGAUCGUUUCUGUAUUUGCUGAUUAAAUGCUGACUAAAUAUCA